AUGUCUUCUGCUCCUGACGGGCAACCAAUGCUGCCUCUUCCUGGAGCCCCGUCUUCUUCAUGGUCCCGAUUUCGUGAGAGAUUCGGUGCACUUUUUCAUGGCGCUGACCCCAGAGUCUGUGUUGCAUUCUGGCUACUUGGAUUGAUCAACAAUGUCCUCUAUGUUAUCAUUUUGUCCGCAGCCCUCGAUUUAGUUGGUCCUAGUGUCCCCAAGGGCGUUGUUCUUCUCGCAGACGUCAUUCCCUCAUUCGGAACCAAGCUGAUAGCACCCUACUUUAUUCAUUUGGUUCCAUAUCCCGCUCGAGUAUUGUUCUGUGUGCUAUGUUCAGCCGUGGGUAUGCUUCUGGUGGCCCUGAGCCCAGCGUAUACAGAUGGCGGUUCAAUUUCCACCAAAAUCGCGGGCAUUAUUCUGGCGAGCUUGUCGAGCGGAGGAGGCGAACUGAGCUUCCUGGCACUGACGCACUUCUACGGCCCGUUCAGUCUGGCAGCCUGGGGUAGUGGUACCGGAGCCGCCGGGCUGGUCGGUGCUGGUGCGUACGCCGUCGCAACUACCUCUAUGGGGCUCAGUGUCAAGUCGACACUCCUAGCAGCUGCCUGCCUGCCAGCAAUUAUGGUUGUGAGCUUCUUCGCCAUCCUGCCAAGAGCUCCCAUACGGACAUUGGCCGCUGCACCUGUUGAGUAUCGUGCAAUUGACCAGGAAGAUCGGGAUGACCUUCUGGAUGAGCGGCACGGUCUACUCGGCUCCUCAGCUCCCCCGAGCCGAAACAAGAGGAGCGACGCGAGUCAUGAGCUUGGCUUGCAGGUGUUCAAAGCUAACCUGCAGCGAGCUAGGGGACUUUUCUUUCCCUUUAUGCUCCCCCUUCUGCUAGUCUAUGUGGCCGAAUACACAAUCAACCAAGGGGUUUCUCCGACCCUGCUGUUUCCACUUAAAGAUUCGCCGUUCGAACAUUACCGUGCAUUUUAUCCCGCGUACAAUGCGAUCUAUCAGGUUGGUGUUUUCAUCUCGCGAUCAUCCACGCCUUUCUUUCGGAUUCACGAUCUUUACCUUCCGUCACUGCUGCAAAUCAUCAAUUUGGUCGUAUUGACAUUGCACGCCUUGUUUGACUUCAUCCCGAGUGUGUACAUAAUAUUUAUAGUCAUCUUCUGGGAGGGGCUAUUAGGGGGGCUGGUUUAUGUCAAUACAUUCGCCGAAAUCGGGGACCGGGUGCCGAAGGAAGACCGAGAAUUCUCGCUCGGAGCGACGACUGUCAGCGAUUCCGCCGGAAUUUACCACGUCCUUGGGCGGCCAUCUACAAAAUUCCGGAAAAUCCAGGUUCUUGCUGUACUUGUAUUCUGGUCUACCUAUCUAUUAAGAGGAAAUAAAAAUGGCCCUCCUUUCAUCCGCAAGAUCUCAUCGCGACUCUCGAAAAAGCUGAGCGUCUGGCAAACCACUGUCAUAGUCUUCCUCUGGCUCUAUAUCUGCCGCAAUUUUGCAAAGAUUGUUGGCCUCGAGUGUCCCGAGCCUUUAGCCAAUCUAUACUCGCGCUCCUUUUUUCGGGCAACAUGGAUUACGACAGGGUUAGAUGCUGGCUUCUGGACGGCAAUGGGGAUAAAGCCAAAGUGGCUACGAGAUAUUGCGUCUCUGGUUUUCUCCGGGUAUUAUCUUAUCGCAGCCGAACAGGCAGACGAGAAGGUUCGCCGGGUCCGUGCUACGCUCACCGUAGAGCAUAUGCGUGUGUCGUGGAAUAAGAGCACCACACCGUAUCUCUGGGCACUCGCUAAAUUGGGCCGCCCGCGGCUCACGAAGUACCCUCCGCGUGCCAUUCGCAUCCCCCGGCCAGCGUCCUCAAUAUACAAGGAGCCGACAAAUGCGUGGCUUUACUUUGAUGGGUCAUUGGCCGCGCUACGUGAUCAAACAUGCAUUGUCCUGGAUAUUCCUGGAGGUGGAUUUGUCUCGAUGAGCCCGCGGCAUUCCGAAGACCGACUUCUGGCUUGGGCAGCGAGAACCAAAGUUCCCGUACUGAGUCUCGACUACAAAAAAGCACCGGAGUAUCCGUAUCCGUAUGCUUUGAAUGAAUGUUAUGAUGUAUAUCACUCCAUUGUCUCCACCCGUGGGCGGUGCUUGGGCCUCAACGGACGGACUCGUCCUCGUGUCGUCAUCACUGGUGAUAGUGCUGGUGGUAACCUCGCUACUGGCGUCACUCUUAUGAUCCUUCAAUCCGGCAGUACACAUGCCUCUAGAUGGCAAGGACAAAACAUGCUUCCGCCUCCGGAUGGACUAGUUCUACCAUAUCCCGCGCUGAACAUGAAGAUAGAAAGCUGGAUGACGGAAGAGCAAAUGGCUUUAAUACAAGAGAAGAGCACACGUCGAACCAAUGAGAGCGUGCUUCGAAGAAAAGAUAUGGACUAUCACCGGUUGACGCCUUUUACCUCUCCGGGAACGUCGUUCGGAGAUUUCCAGCGUGACUCGUUCUCUGACGCGGAUCUGGAAGUCGGAAAUUUGGUUGACGCUACCUCGGAGAAGUUGGCACAGCAACAGAAGAUGGACGUCACUGAAGAGGAGGUGGCUGCCAUCACUGAGCACCAGCCUAAGCAGAUCCGGACACGACUGGCUGUUUCAUCGAUGAUAUCGUAUGUUAAUGAUCGUAUAUUAACCCCCGAGAUGAUGAGGGCAAUGAUCAUCCUUUACAUCGGACCGCACAACCGCCCCGACUUCAAUACGGACUACCUACUCUCCCCAGCCCUGGCUCCGGAAGAGCUCUUAGCACGCUUCCCCAAGACGUACAUCAUCACAGGAGAACGUGACCCUCUAGUCGACGACACGGUCAUCUUCGCCGGGCGACUAAGACAAGCUAAGCUCCGCCAAUUCCAGGAACGACAAGAACUGGGCCUCGAAAAGUCUUAUCGCAGGUUCAACGCAAAGGACCAUGUCGAGGUUUCCCUAUUACCCGGGAUCUCUCACGGAUUCAUGCAAAUGGCCGGCUUCUUCCCCGAUAGCUGGAAACACAUCUACCGCUGCGCAACUUGGAUUCAAGAUCUAUUCGACCUCGCCCAGACUAAGAAAUCAUCUUCUGGCCACCUGAGGACCCUCACCAACGGCGCACAAAUGCCAAAGGGGCCCAAAUCCGUUCACCGCGGCAAUAGCUCCCGCAAUCAUAGACGUCGUCUCACGGGAGAGUCAUCCGGCGACGAGGAUAGGCCUCUCGAGAUAGGCAUCAAGAAACUAACACCACUGACACCAUUGCAUCGCAGCUCCAGCGCACCCAUCGACAGCACCGAGAUUGAUAGCCAAGAUGUCGCUGCCAAGGAUGGCGACAGCGAGGAUGCUAAAAAGGAACGCAUCCGUAGCGUCUCCCGAGGCCGAACUCUGCGGCCAGGGAUCACCAGAAAACAGCGUCCCAUACCCAUGAGGUUAACGAUCCCUCCUCGAGACGGGUAUAUCUCUGGAUCACCGAGUCCUAUUCCUUUGCGGGAAAGAAACCGGAGUAUUAACAGUCUUGCCAGCGAGGAGGACCUGCUUGACCGGCGUAUGAAUGGCUUGGCUGGAGGGUUGAUGGGCAUUGGCGAAGGUGCUAGGACGCCUUAG